AUGCAAACCAUAGCAUCCACUCCGACAAAUGCACCACCUGUCACGGCUCAGCAUGCGGAAGCGUCUGGCUUGACAAACGACACACCCUUUAACAUCAUAAAUCGGGCUAGCAAACUCCAGUCUGUGCGCAAGAGUCCAAUUAAUACCUUGCCUGAAGAGAUCAUUCUGCACAUAUUCAAGUUGGGCGCGUCCUCUCGCAACUCUCAAAAACGUAUCGAUUUUGCGGUCUUGGUUUCGCAUGUCUCUCGCACAUGGCGUAACGUCGCUUUCAGCUGCUCCUCGCUGUGGUCGGACAUCACCAUCACGGCCGAUAACAUGCAUAGUAUUGAUGGAGAGCUCGCUAUCGUAAACGCAUCUCUUCUUCGUGCAAAGGAGUUUGCCUCGCGUUCUAGAGUCUUUCCCUUAUCUGUCCGACUCAAGCUUUUCAUAACACCCAAUAUCGUAUGUCUUGAACCGGGCACGAUUAUGAUAAUGAACUGGCUCCGACUGGUGCUACCACGCGUCAAGUAUCUCUCGAUACACUGCGAUACUCUCCAAGUUGCGUGGCUCGUCAUGAAGCAUUUACAUACAGCUCCCAUGGAGACUCUGGAGACCUGCAAAUUUAAGUAUGGCACUACAGUCCUAUCCUUUCACCAUUCAAUUAUACCGCCACCACUUGUGCGCUUUCUUUUUCUGGCUGGCCAAAACGAAGAAAAGGCAGCGGUCAAUUUCUUUCCAAAGUUGACACGUGUUAAAGUGUCUGGGUUCCCAGUGUCAUGGUCUCAGUGGUCUUUAACGCGCCUGACAUCCUUAUCGAUUAAUUUCAUGUCCUUGCAUGACCGACCUUCGAUGGACAUGCUGAAACACGUCCUUACAAUCAACAGAGAAACUCUGGAAAAGUUCGAGAUCCAAGGCGCCAUUCAACAGCACUGGCCCCAGGACUUUAAAGACGGGUUCGACUUGAACAAUCCGAUCAUCCAGAAUAUGCCUGCUCUUCAACCGUUUAACAACUUUUCUUCUACGAUCCUUCUCGAAAAUCUAGUUUAUGGCUGGAGCUCACUACUUGAACGAGUUGAAACGCUCGCGCUUGAACAUUUUAGUCUACCACCUCUUUUCUCCAACCUCUUCCUGCAAGACAACGAUCCUUUGAAGCAAUCUCAUGGCGCUCGUGUUGUUCUGGCUUACCGCAUGUUACAGACAUGCUCGCAGCUUCGACGCCUCGCUCUCAUUAACCCGGAAGAGUGUUUCAUCCAUGCCCUCAAUAUGUAUCCCGAUGGUGCCGAUCCCGACGAUACCGAAAACAGCGGCCCGGCCCCCGCACUUACUCACCUGUAUCUCGCCUCGUCUCAUCCUGACCGCCUCAUACUCUUUUUGAAGCGAAGGGCGGAAAGCCUUGCGAAGGAAGAGGGUCCACAUAUGUUGGACUACCUUGAACUGGCGACAGAGAAAAAAGAUGUGGGGCAUCUGUUGAAGGCUAUCGUAUCGGACCAUAUUGACCUGAGCCAUCUUGCGAAGAGUUCGUUGGUGACUGGAUGGCAGGGAAGCUUUACUACCUGA